AGAUGGUGAAUGUAGUAGAGAAACGUCGACAGAAGGCGUCAACGGAUUGAAACAGGGAAUAACGAAACCUUCUUGGGACUAAGUCUCUCCCCAGCUUAUCUACAAAGACGACAGUUGCAGCCAAAGAGGCCAUCGUGGUGGCAAUCGUCGUCAUUUUAGGCAAUCUUUGGAGAGCCAUUGGUGAAUUCUGAAUGGAGUUUUUUCUUCAAUUUUUGGAGCGGAAGAUAGAAGAAACGCAUACACUACAUCCGCGAUUUGGAUAUCAGGAGAGUAGUGGAGGUCUUCAAUCAAUGGUGAAGGAGGAUGCACAACUGCAAAGACGGUGAAGUUGCAGUGGCCAACCCUACUCUUCUCUGGUUCUCCCUCUUUUGUGUUCGAUGAUCGGCCAUGAUUUUGACCCUGGCGGCAGAUUUAGUCUUUUCCGGUAGAGAUGUGAUGCUAGCAGAAUGAGUGCCAGUCGAUAGCCAUACGGUGACAACUCUAGAGCUCCCAAUCGAGACGCUCCAAUGGACAACAGCCAUGUGCUAGCAGCCGGUGGUGUGGGGAAAAGGAAGAAGGUCAGUAAAACCCCCAAGGCCAACCCUUCUACUGCCAGUAAUCAAGAGGCAGGCUCUUCUCAACCUGUUCGAGAGCCUGAGCCCAUUCAACAGGUUCCUCACCGGGAUCAGCUGGAGGACAUGCUGGUCGACGAUCGGUUUGGGUCCGAUCAACUGCAUAGCUUCACUGAGCACUUCCAGGUUGCUCAGGAUGCCAAUCAGGAUACAGGUGGCACUCAUACCGUCCACUUUUCCGGCCAAGUCGACCGGAUCUCAUUGGCAGAUCCGAUUCACGAAGUUGUAGAGAAGACUGGCUGUUCGGCGAGUCAAAUUUGAUCUACCUCCGCAUUUUUCAACAACUUUACUGUUCCUAAACUGCCGGUCGAGCAGUCGGAGGAAUGUUUGGUCUUAGCGGCCUGGAAGAUGGAUCGUCCUAGAUAUUCGGUUGAUAUGGGUAACCUCGAGCGCAACCGAACGAAAGAGCUUGCGAGGAAGAGAUCCCGCAAAGGUAAAUCACAUAUCGGCUCUUCAUCUCAAAGUCGAGAUGAUUUUGAUACGGGUUACGUAAGGAGGGAUGAGGAUGCGAUGACCGACGAACAACUAGAACAAGAAUUGCACCGACAUAAUUCCCGCUUUUUUCAAGACCAACCGAGGACCAUUGACGAAUAAGAGCUCGAGGACGAGGACGACGAUGUGGAGGAAGCAAUUCCGGAGAGCCACAACGACGAGGAGGAGGAGGGUGGCGGCAGCCAUGACGCCGACCAAGCAGCCUCAUCCCAAACAGGUACAAAAAAAAGUAAAUCUGAAUUAAUGGCUAAUAAUUUUUCUAAGUGGAAGGACCCGAACACCGAGAAUUGGACCGCAACUUGCAAUUGGUGCAAGAAAAACUAUAGCUUGGGGAUUUCCGGCGGAUACGGAUCCGCCACAAGACACCUUAAGUCCAAACACCCGGUGGAGUAUGCAAAAUUAGGCGGCGGAACGGAGAAGCAAACGCAAAUAUCGAGGUUUAAAUCCGCAAUAUAGAGGUUAUAGUCGCAAAACGGUUAAGAAAGAAAUUUCAAGGCUUUAUGGUGCGGAAAAGGUAAGGUUACAAAAUUAUUUUGCAAACUUUGAUGGACGUGUUACUGUAUGUUCUGACAUAUGGGAGGAUACUUAUCAUAAUUUACAUUAUUUGGGUCUGACUGUACAUUAUAUUGAUAAUGAUUGGCAUAUGCAUAAACGUGUUCUUGCUUUCCGUGAAUUUAAUGAUCAUCACACCGCUGAACAUAUUUAUAUUUUGAUUGAACGUAUUUUAAUUGAGUAUAAUUUAAUUGAUAAGGUGUUUGCUAUUGGUUUUGAUAAUGCUACUAAUAAUACUGCUGCUAUUCCUAGAUUGCGUGAAUUGUGUGGUUCUACUUCUUUGAUGGGUAGAUUUUUUCAUCAACGAUGUGCAUGUCAUGUUCUAAAUUUAUGUGUGCAAGAUGGUCUAAAAGCGUUGGGAGCAUCGUUGGAGGUAGUCAAGGGGAGGAUUAGACGUAUUUGGGGUAAUGGACAACUUAGGAAAAAAUGGCAUGAUUAUUUGAUAGAAAGAGGUGAGAGAUAUGUGGCUUUUCCAAAAGAUUUGUCUAUUCGUUGGAAUAGUACCUAUAAGUUAAUUGGAGUUCUUCUUAAAUACAAACAACAUUUUCCUGCUUUUAUGAAACAAUAUGAUAACUAUAUUAUAAACUCGGCUGAGAUCGACACAUGUGAAAAAAUUUGUAAUGCUUUGAUAUAUUUUAAUAAUGCAACUGAAACUUUUAGUCAUGUCUAUAAACCUACCUCAAACCUAUUUAUUCGUGAAGCUAUUAAUCUCGCCGGUGCUUUUUCAAAUUUUGAGAAUGCUGAUUAUGUGAGUUAUUUUGCUGGUUUUAUGAAGGAAAAGUUUUUAAAAUAUUAUUCACAUAUUCCGCAUAUUUAUGCUAUUGCAUUUGUUCUCGAUCCUCGUUUUAGACUUGGUUCUUUAGAAGAAUGUUUGAAUUAUAAUUAUGCUGCUUUUUUUGGUCCAUUGCCAAUGUAUGAGGACAACCCAAUUGAUCCGAAAAAAGAAUACAACGAGGUUAGUGAUAUAUUUUAUGCAUUAUUCAAUGAGUUUCAUGCACUAUAUGGCAAUGCGCCCCCUCCCCCGACACAAACAUCAUCUAAAGGAAAAUCAAUUUUCAAAUCUACGUUUUGCCAAUCUUAUUAAAAAAACGAAAUCAACUCCCGCUACACAACAAAGCACAAUUAAUGAGAUUUCUUUGUAUUUAACUUAUGAUGUUAAUUUUGAAGAAGAUGAUGAUUUUGACGUACUAAACUGGUGGAAGAGAAAAGAAAGAAUGUUCCCGGUUUUAGCAAAGAUGGCUAAGCAAGUGCUAUCAAUGCCGGUUUCAACGGUUGCCGUGGAACAAGAAUUUAGUUCGGCCGGCAAUGUUCUAACACAAACCAGAACGAGGUUGAGCGCUGAAUCUCUUGAGAUGCUUAUAUGCUAACACGAUUGGUUGAAAGCAGCACGUAGAGCUCAAGAAAUUGACAUCACUCCAUCCCAACACUUUAUGGAUGAAUCUACAACAGAGGGUGACUCUACCUAUGCCGGAGAUUCCGAUUAAAAACAAUUAUAG